AUGCCGCCCAAGUUUACGCCACGUCUGCGAAAGCAGAGGCACCGGCAAGCCCAGGCCAAUGAGCAGGCCGACACCAACGCUGCACAGCUCGAACCCGUCUCCAAGGACGUGAAAGAGGCACGACGACAGAAGUUGCAGGAAGAAUUACGGGAUCAGCAUACCCACGUGUCUGCAAAGAAACAAAAGCGUCUCGAUAAGUACAUUGAAAACAAACUUCGAAAGGAAGAGAACAUUGAGUUGUUGAAGAAACUCGCCCAAUCCUCAGUCGACACAUCCUCCUUGCAAAGUUCCAGGGAUCUGGGUAAGCGCAAGAGACAGGAAGACGAAUCACUCCUACCGAAGCUUGGUCAAGCAGCGAAACGCGAUACUCCCGCCGAUCUCUCCGGAGAUGAGACCGACGACUCAGAUGUCCAUCUGAAAGUAUCCGAUCCUGCGACAGAUCCCGUGGUUGAAUCAAAGACACAACCUGAUGCUGCUCUUGGUAGUGGAUUGAAGCGGCCACUUGAGCUUGGUCCCGAUGGGUUCCCGGUACUCAAGAAGCGCAAGCGUGCGCCGAAGAAGAAGCCCGCACCUAAGCCUGUAACAGAGGCUGCAUGGGAGGGCUUUGAUUCCGAUGAGGAUGAGGACGAGGAGGACGAGGAGGAGGAAGAUCUAAGCGACAAGGACGAGGCCGACUCCGACAGUGAUAUCGAGGGCUCUGACGAAGACGAAGAGGGUACUUCCUCCGAGGGUUCUCCAGACGAUGAAGAUGACUCUGAAGACGAAGAGGACGAGGAUGAGGAUGAGGAUAUGGAUGAUUCUGUAAAGAUUCAACCUCGCCAGUCGGCCUUCAAGACAUGGGCCGUUCAACAAAUCAACGAAGUAGUAGGGUUCCAACCGAACAACGGCGAAGCCAUCUCCCAGCAAGAGCAGGUAUUCGACCCAUCCAAAUUGCCGCAAAAGGUCAAUGAAGAGGAGCCUCUUCCCCGAGAGCUUCAAGUCACCCAUGGCGACCCCAACCGCAAGGCAUACAGUGUACCCGUGGAACGCUCAGAGGAGAUUCAAGCUGCUCGUCUUGGUCUGCCUGUCGUUGGCGAGGAACAGAAGAUCAUGGAAGCUAUCCACAACAAUUCCACCGUUGUCAUCUGGGGUGCCACUGGUAGCGGAAAGACAACCCAGCUUCCCCAGUUCCUCUUCGAGUCUGGAUUCGGUAGUCCAGACAGCCCAAACCCCGGUCUGAUUGGUGUCACGCAGCCUCGUCGAGUUGCCGCCGUGAGUAUGGCAAACCGUGUGUCCCAGGAAUUGGGUCAGCAUGGCGACAAGGUCUCAUAUCAAAUUCGAUUUGAGAGUACAGCAAACAAGAAGACUGCUAUAAAGUUUAUGACUGACGGUAUUUUGCUACGAGAGAUUGCGGAUGACUUUGCUCUCCGCAAAUACUCCAUUAUCCUCAUUGAUGAGGCCCACGAGCGAAGCGUCAACACCGAUAUUCUGAUCGGAAUGGUCAGUCGUAUCGUUGAUCUACGCAAGUCAUUGAGCGAGGAGGAUCCGUCCGUCAAGCCUUUGAAGGUCGUCAUCAUGUCAGCUACCCUGCGUAUCUCCGAUUUCACCGACAACGCAAGUCUGUUCCGUCAUGGAGCACCCCCCUUGGUUCAGGCCGAGGGUCGACAGUACCCUGUCUCCGUGCAUUUCUCUCGCCGUACUCAGCGUGAUUACGUUGAGGAUGCGUUCCGCAAGGUAUCCCGUGGACACCGCAAGCUGCCUCCUGGAGGAAUGCUAGUGUUUUUAACUGGACAAAAUGAGAUUCGCCAGCUUUCCAAAAGGUUGAAGCAGACUUUCAAGCCAACACAGCGGGAAGACACUACGCAAGCUAGGGUGCAGCUCUCAGCCAAUGAGGCGCCUCUGGAAGCUGAAGAUCUGGAGCUGGGCGAGACAGAGAUGGACAAUGCCGGCGUCGACGAUUAUGACAGCGAUAUUGAAAUCACAGGCCUGGAUGAUGAAGAAGAAGAUGAUGGCUUCGACCUCGGUGAAGAUGCUAUGGACUCUUCAACACGCGUCCACGUCUUGCCUCUCUACUCCCAACUCCCUACAAAGGAACAGAUGAAGGUCUUCGAGGCGCCACCGGAGAACUCCCGUCUCAUCAUCCUCGCAACCAACGUUGCUGAAACCUCCCUGACCAUCCCCGGUAUUAAGUAUGUCUUUGACUGUGGCCGUGCCAAAGAGAAGCAAUUCGAUCUGUUCACGGGUGUGCAGAGUUUCCAGAUUGGCUGGAUCAGCAAGGCCAGCGCAAACCAGCGAGCCGGUCGUGCCGGUCGAACAGGCCCAGGUCACUGCUACAGAAUGUAUUCAUCUGCAGUAUACGAAGGCGAGUUCGCCGAAUAUACCGACCCAGAGAUCCUGCGCACUCCUAUCGAAGGUGUCGUCCUUCAGAUGAAGAGCAUGGGUCUGCACAACGUCAUCAACUUCCCCUUCCCAACACCCCCAAGCCGCCAGGGUCUCGCAAAGGCUGAAAAGCUUCUCAAGAACCUAGGCGCUCUCUCAGCCGACGGCCAAGUCACCCCAAUCGGCCGCCGCCUCUCAACAUACCCGCUUUCCCCACGGUUCAGUAAGAUGCUCCAUAUCGGCCACCAACACGGCUGCAUGCCCUACGUGAUAGCUCUAGUGGCAGCCCUGGCAGUGGGCGACCUCUUCGUUCCACAAAAUCAACUGGACCCGAACCCCCCAGUUGCUAAAAAGUCCAAAGCCGACGACUCCGACUCCGACUCUGACGUCGAAAAGAAACACAUCUACACAAACGCAGACCGUCUUGAAGACACGGAACGCGAGCAGCGCACAAAAGCCCACGCCCGCGCCCACCGUCUCUUCUCCAAACACGAUGACACAUCCGACGCUCUCAAGGCCUUAAGCGCAAUCUGCGCCUACGCCUACGCUGCAGACGGCGAAGCCUUCAGCGAGCAGAUGUUCCUUCGCGGCAAGGCCUUCAAGGAAGCAACCCAGCUCCGCCGCCAACUGACAGAUAUUGUGCGCUCCAAUAACCCAGGCCAAGUCCCCGAGUACAAAGCCCGUCUGCCAGAACCAUCCGCCAAGCAAAUCAAGGCACUCAAGCAAAUUGUCACGGCUGGAUUCAUCGAUCAAGUCGCUAUCCGUGCUGAUCUGGCACCCGUUCCGCCGGAGAACCAGCGUGCAUCCCGUCGCGCCAUUGACGUGCCGUAUCUGACUCUGUUCCGCUCGCGUGAUGGGAAUGGACAUCAGGAGCUAGCUGAGCGAGCUGUUUAUGUGCAUCCAUCUUCUCUGCUGGCCAAGCUUUCGCCGAAGGAGAUGCCCCAGUAUAUCAUCUACUCGCAUCUGCAGCAGUCGUCUGCGGCGUUGGUUACGGAUUCCUUGCCGAAGAUUCGCAUGUUCCCGCUUGUUGUUCCGAGUGGACUUCAACUUGCUGCUAUUGCACACGAUACCCCGCUUAUUGAGUAUGGCAAGCCAAUUGGCAAGGCUGAUUCUAUGGAUGGCGUUCCACCUAGACGGUCUUGCUGGGUUGUUCCUUCGCUUGUUGGAGAUUCCGGCAGUACGGGUUGGCCUUUGCCUGCUAAGAAGGUUGUGCAGAAGAAGGACCCGAAGGCUGGGUGGGUGAUUGAGAAGUUUGUCGCAUGA